GCUUGGUCAAACGGAUAAGGUCAAACCGAGCCACUUUCCAUCUCCGCCAUCCGCAGUUCCAGACAGACUGGAGGUCGCCCUUCUCCUCCGUAUUAUGUCGCAUUUGUGCUGAACAUGAACACGAUUCCUUAUCGCGGUGCCAUUGAGUUUCUCGUUCACUGUCGUUUUUCAUUUGCGCUUUCGUUAAAACGUUUUCUCAAACUCCAACAUCCGCAUAAGAACCGCUACUCUGCUGUUUUCGUCCUCACGAAACGAGUCAUCUAAGGGCGACUUUUUUUUUUCCUCUUUAUUUGCGACUGGUAUCUGUUGCGCGGGGUCGCCAUAAGGCUGCUUCAUGGCAAUGGCCAUAGACACAGGCUACCUGACCACUCAGGUCACUUCGAUCGUCAGUCAAUUACAUGGGCUAUUUGACGAGAUAGGCGUCCCUAGCCAUGAUCGCGAGUCACGAGAACAAGAGCUUUUCGCGUCCCUAUCAGACACCCUCCAGAGCCAUUUAAGGCGCGUCAAUUGUGAGAAAAGUGACAUGAUUGAUGAGGCACAACAGACAAUUCAAUUGAUAAAACAAAUGGAAGCAUCACUAGAUGACUCCACUAAACAUGAUCAUCAGAUAGAUGGCGGAGAUCUUCGUGUUACUUUUCCGCUCAAUCGCUGUCUAAAGGUGUUGAAGGAGAAAUAUACUAUCAUAAGCAAAUUACAUCGCGAAAGAUUUGAGCAAAUAAAAAAACUCGUCCAAGCACUUGAGUCAUAUUCCUCUCACCUUGAGCCAUCAUUCGUGAAGGUCCCGCUCCCUCCAACCACCGACGGUUCUUCUAUUCCUCCCACCUUUGACCUCUCGCCAUCAUAUGCGUCAGCCCUCGACAAUGAAUUCACCAGGGUUUAUGAAGAAUAUACUCGUCGUGUUCAAGUAGUCCAGAAUAUUUCGGAAGAAAUAGUAAAGCUCUGGGCGGAGCUAGGCACUCCUCAAGCACAAACUGAACCGUCCAUUGUUGAAUACUAUCGCGAAUCGCCAGAACAGCUAGGAUUGCACGAAUCAGACCUUUCGUCACUACGGGAAAGACGGGAUAAAUUAAUUGACGAAAAGCGCGGGCGCGAGCGGAAACUCAACGAAUUGCGGACUGCGGUCGAAUCCUUAUGGGAUCGCCUAGGUGUUGAGGAAGGAGAUAGGAAAGGUUUCCGAGCCGCAAAUCGUGGAUGUGGCCUCAGGGUGAUCAAUGAGUUUGAAGAUGAACUGAGCCGCUUGAAUGAGUUGAAAAGGCAAAACCUUCACCUGUUCGUAGAAGAUGCUCGUUGCCGGCUCCAGGAACUUUGGGAUGGUUUAUACUAUUCUGAGGAAGAGAUGCUUGAUUUUACGCCUGCUUUUUCAGAUGUCUACAGCGAUGCCCUACUCGCCGCACACGAAGCAGAAAUCGAACGUCUCGAAGUACUAAGAGAGCAACGUGCCCCCACGCUUGAACUCAUCGAGAAGCACCGCACUCUUGUGCAUGAACGUGAUAGCCUUGCGGCUUCUAGCCAAGAUGCCUCUCGGCUCAUGGCUCGCGGCAAUAAGGGUGAACGCCGAGAUCCCACCAGGCUUCUAAGGGAAGAGAAGAUGAGAAAGAAGAUCGCGAAAGAGCUACCAAAAGUCGAGACAGAGCUGCGCAGAGUCCUCGAACAAUGGGAAGACGAGUAUGGGAGGCCGUUCCUCGUUCACGGAGAGCGAUAUCUUGAUGAAAUCGCCCCUCCCGCGCCAGCGAAAAUCCCACCACGAUCAAAAACGCCAUGUGGGCCGCCUCAACACAGCCGUGCAAACUCAGUGAGACCACCAUCUUCGAUGCGCGGUGGAGGAUCUGUAAGAGGGUCACAGCCUCCUUCCCAUGCGAAGACUCCCACGAGGAGUGGUACCCUGAAACGCAAUGCCCAGAACCCAGCCGCCGGAAACGGUAAUAAGUCACCUACGAAAAUUCCAUCCCGCGCUCCUCUUGCAAAUAUGCCACAUGGAAAUAACUCACCCGAUCGCCGUCCACCUCAGUCUUUCUCCUCAAGCGCCCGUAGCAAGAUGCCACCUCCGCGUGCUCCUCCUCCCAAGAUGCGAGACCUCAAUGCCUCUGUGCGGCAGGAAACCCCCCAGAACUCAUUCUAUGCAGACGCGGAACAUGGCAACGACGCUUUGUCAUUAUCAAACUCCUAUGUGAGGUCAAUCACACCAGAGGACGUUUACGAUGAUCGAAACCAGCGCUCCUACCUGAGCUCUUCAAUGUCCCAUUACAGGCCCGGCUCAUCGCUUUCCAUGGCACAGUCCUUCAACCCAGCUGCCAGUGUCCAAAAUCCAAACUAUUACAACCAUCAAAGGCAACAAUCACAGCCGCAGCUGCAGCAUCAACCGAAACCUUAUAUGCAACAACCGCAUCAGCAUGAGCCAAUGGGCCCUCCUCCACGACCAGCUAGUCGACAAAUAUCGAAUACUUCCACUAUACAAACUGCCACAUCAGGGUCUGAAAAUUGGGAAACAUACGACAGUGAGUCUGAGCCCGAGAUUGACGCCACAGACGUUUAUUACGCCAAAUUGAGAGCCACUCAGGGUAAGUGGCCAGGGCACGAUUUGCACAGUGGAGCCACAGACUCCAUGGCUGGAAAAAAGGCCAAGGGGAUUCGUGGCGUCGGCAUGGAAGAGCAAUACAGUGAGGGGAACGGCCAGGUUAUGAGAGUCGCUGGCAGCGAUGGAUGGACUGACGACAUGGAGACUUAUUAACGAAUGGCUACAUCAUGCCCUGAUGUUGAAACGAGUUCCUUCGAUAUAUGCCUUCCGAUGUGAAAACGCCUUGAUGAAGCCGGCUGGGGAUGCUUUUUUUCUUUGGUAACUAAAAUAAGACACUCUUGACUAACUUCGGCGGAAUUUAUGCUCAUGAUGAGAAUAUGGCUUCCCGUUCCGUUACUCGUCAACAACGUCUUGUAUAUUAUCCCCUUUCUCCUACCCAGUCUCCCCAUAGGGCUUGUCUAUUUUAUCUGUUCGUGGCCUUGCUCCCCAUUUUGACAGAUGUGCUUCUGACGCGCAGGUUCCCUAUUAUUUUGGGCAUUAUUUCUUUCCCUCACUCCCUCCGGUGAGGCCCUCUUUCCUCCUUCUUUCCACUCGUUCGCGAUUUUGUAUUUGUCCGUUUUGAGCAAGUUUUCGGAGUUGGGUUGUAUUUUGUAAUGGUUUUUUGCCUGAGCUUUUAAUGUUUGUUGGUUAGCUCUGCUGCAUUCUGGUUUUGCAUUCGCCCUGUCUUCUUUUGUCUGGUUUUGUGGCCUUUAUAUUUGUGCUUUUCCAUCUCGCCCACUACUGAUUUUCGUUUUCUUUGUUUUGACAACCCGGCCCACGUGCUUUGUUUUGAGUAUAUUAUUGUCUUACGAGUAUUUUUCCAUCUUUCUAUUUUCCAAUAUUGUGGGCUUUUAUCGUCGUCGAUAUUCAUAUUCUUUGGUUGUUAUUAUUUGUUGUUUUAAUCUUCGUUUUCAUUGACUUUUUAUGUAUAAUCUGGAUUUGGCUUUGACAGCUUUUCAAAAAUUCAAAUUCAUUAUACAUAAGUUCCCA